GAUUCGCACCUUCAGCCCCAGGUACAUGGUGAUUGUGAUCUAAAUAUUUGAAGUCUAAUUCCAUCCCUAAUCCAACAACCCUAUACCUUUUCAUCACCACCAUCCGCAAAAUCACCACCAUGGCGCUGCAGAUCCUUUCCGACCUGCACCUCGAGGCGCCCAAGGGCUACGACAUAUUCGAUAUCGUGCCCCGCGCGCCCUACCUCGCGCUGCUCGGCGACAUCGGCACCGUCGGCCCCCACAGGGCCGAGCUCCUCGCCUUCCUCACCGCCCAGCUGCGGCAGUUCCGCGCCGUCCUGUUCGUGCCCGGCAACCACGAGGCGUACCACGCCACCUGGCCCGACGCCCUCGCGGCGCUGCGCGACUUUGAGCGCCUCGUGCGCGCGGACGCCUCGCUCGGCGACUUCGUCCUGCUCGACCGCGCCGUCUUCCGCCCCCGGGGCGACGACGGCGGCCGUGGCGGCAGUGGCGGCGGCGGCGGGCCCCCGGGCCCCGUCGUCGUCCUCGGCUGCAGCCUCUUCUCCGCCGUCCCCGCCGAGAGCGCCGACGCCGUGGGCCACGGGCUGAACGAUUUCUACCAGACCGGCAGCGGCUGGGACGUCGCGGCGCACAACGCGGCGCACGACCGCGACCUGUAGUGGCUCAACGCCCAGGUCGACGCGCUGGAAAACGACCCGGCCGUCGAGAGCAUCGUGGUGCUGACGCACUGGAGCCCAACGCGCGAUCCCCGCGCGGCGGACCCACGCCAUGCCAACAGCGCCAUUGCCAGCGCAUUCGCGACCGAUCUUUCGGGCGAGAAGUGCUUCAGAAGCGCAAAGGUCAGGCUCUGGGCCUUCGGCCAUACUCACUGGAAUUGCGACUUCACAGUCGAGAGGCGGGAUGCCGGUCCGCUGCGGUUGGUCACCAAUCAGAGGGGAUAUUAUUUCUCUCAAGCUCAAGCAUUUGACGCUGCAAAAACAAUGGAAAUUUGAAGCCACGACAUAUGGCGAAGCACAUUGGAUACACUAUUCACAUAGGCGUGGUACAGUUAGUGGAGGUGACUACAGGUGUCUGUCUGCUCACGGCUAUUGGCUCAUUCUAUUCAUUUUCUAGGCACAUCCCAAAGCCUCCUUCAGCUCCUGGGUCCAUUGACGCACGGAUUUGGCCAUACUGUCACUGCGAAUCUCUGCAUAAAAGCUCCGAAGCGGUUCCGGAAGCUUGUCACUCUCCAGAAACCCAUCGCUGUCAACGUAUAGCUCCACGUAUGCAAUCAUAG